AUGACACCAGAGGCGAACGACGACACCGGAGGCCAGCUCUUCUUCUCCUCUUCCCUGUGUGCGGCCAAGCCUUCUUCUUCCCUGCGUGAGACACUUGAUUUUUCUCAAGUUAGGUCAGAACAGGAUGCUGCACUUCUAGAAGAUUCUAGACAAGCUACUAAGUCAGGAGAAAAGAUGAAUAGAGAACAGUAUAGAGCUCGCAGAAGGAAAAUUGGAGGAACAUACAAAUAUUAUUUCAAAUCCUACGUUGAAGUGGAUGGGCAAUAUGUGGAAGAAGGGUGGGUGGACAAAACUUGUAAAGUGUGCAAGAAAGAUACAAGGGGUGAGGCAAGACAAGUUGACAAGCUUGGGAGAUAUGUUCAUGUGGCUUGUUUGGAGAAAUCAAAAUUGGGAAACUUUUCACCAGGGAAAUUACUGUAUUCAACAUUUUAGUACAUUUGAUAUUAUCACCCUGUUUUUUUGUUAUUUCUUCUUACUUUUUGAGCUCUUUCCUCUAACAUCCUUGGUAAUUUCCCCUUUUUUGAUGUGAAUUUGUUCUAAUUUCAAUAUCAGAAUAUUGUAAAUUUUGUUUAGGGAAUAUAUAUAUAUAUGUCUUCUAGUUUUGAAAAUUUAAUGUAGUUACAAAUU